GAGAGAAAAUAGAGAGAGGGGUUUUGAUCUGUAUCAUUGAAGUGAGAGAUUUGAGAUUUUGAUUUGCAUCAUCUGGGAAAAGCGCAGUGAUGAAUUUUAUAGAUAUGGCCGAUCAAGAUCAGGCUCAAGAGACUUCAAGCUCUCCCAAUUUUGAUGCUUACUUUGAGACCAUCCAGUCAAGGAAAAAAUUACCUCAUGAAUUACAAGAAUCAUUGACAAGUGCUUUUGCGAAUAUUCCUGUUUCAUCUUUUCCUUUAGUCCCUGGUGGAAAAGUCAUUGAAAUCCCAGCCCACACAUCAAUUGCCGACACGGUUCGGAUCCUCUCCGAACACAAUAUAAUGUCAGCUCCUGUAACAAACCCUGACGCCUCAACAACCAUCGAUUGGAGAGAGCGAUACCUCGGUAUCAUCGACUACUCCUCAAUAGUUUUGUGGGUAUUGGAAAAUGCAGAGCUCGCCGCUAUUGCUUUAUCCGCUUCAUCAGCAACAGUGGCCGGAAUGGGAGUAGGAGCAGUUGGGGCACUCGGGGCUUUGGCAUUGGGGGCAACGGGCCCUGCUGCGGUGGCAGGGCUCACUGUUGCCGCUGUCGGUGCAGCCAUGGCCGGCGGCAUGGCGGCAGAGAAGGGUAUGGGGAAGGACGCUGCAACAGCUGCUGAUCACAUGGGUGAUGACUUUUAUAAAGUCAUAUUGCAAGAAGAACCAUUCAAAUCGACCACGGUGAAAUCCAUUAUCAAGUCAUUCAGAUGGGCUCCCUUCCUUCCUGUUGCUAUGGAUAGUUCCAUGUUGACAGUGUUAUUAUUGCUUUCAAAGUACAGAUUGAGAAAUGUUCCCGUAAUUGAGACAGGAAAUCCUUUCAUUAAGAACUUUAUAACUCAAUCAGCAGUGAUACAUGGUCUACGGGGAUGUAAAGGAAGAGAUUGGUUCGAUUGCAUUGCAGUCAAGCCUAUUUCAGAUAUGGGACUUCCUUUUAUGUCUGAAAAUGAGGUGAUCUGCAUCAAGAAGGAUGAGCUUGUUCUAGCAGCUUUCAAGCAUAUGAAGGAGAAUCGCAUUGGUGGCGUCCCUGUUAUAGAAGGUUCUAGCAAAAAGAUCAUUGGGAACAUAAGCAUAAGAGAUGUGAGAUUCUUGCUGUUGAAUCAUGGGCUAUUCUACGAUUUCAGGCAAUUGACAGUGAUGGACUUCAUGAACACCAUAGUUUCCAUUGCAACGACCCUCGAUGGAUCUCAUAAGACAGUGAUGAUACCCCCGGUUACAUGUAAGGCCAACACAAGUCUUGGGCAAGUGAUAGAAACCUUGGCAGCCAUGUCUUUUGAUAGGGUCUAUGUUGUCAAUGAUUACUAUGACGUAGUUGGGGUGGUCACUCUCAGAGAUGUGAUCUCAUGCUUUAUCUUCGAGCCUCCGAACCACUUUGAUGACUACUUCGGCUUUGCAGUUAAGGAAAUGUUGAACCAGUGAAACAAGAUCAAAUAAAUGUCUACAGGAAAGAACUGGUGGCUAGAUUACUAAGAUGCAGAGUUUUGAGUAGAAGAUAAUUCAAUUUCAACUUCUAUAUGUAUGCACUAUUCCUUUUUUAUUGAGUUUUGGGUGGCUAAGGAAUGCUUCCACAAUUUGGAAGGAAUUCUUACCCCAAUGCGAUAUGUUGUUUGUUAUAUGUAUAAACUCUGUUCUAUUAAGUUUUGCUGUGAAUUCCUGAUGAAAUUAUGAUAAACCAUGGCAUUUUGUUCUCUUUC